AUGCCGGACUCUCCCCCGCUCAACCUCUCCAGCGGUGCGACCGCCGAGCCUGGCAACAUGAGCGAAAGACCGAACCCGCCUGCCCCGGCCGGGGUUGAGCUCAUUCGCCACGUGGCGAUACGCACUCCACCGUUCUUGAGGGGCAAUCCUGAGGCAUGGUUUACCCAACUGGAGUCGGUGUUCCAAUGCCACAACAUCCGCUCUGACCUUCAGCGUUACCAUGCCGCCGUUGCCGGGCUCGACAGCGAGACGAUACAGGACUCACUUGAUGUGCUCCAAAACCCGCCGAGCACAGGUGCGUACGAUAAUUUAAAGGAGCAGAUCAUUCGGCGUUACGGCGACACAGCAACCCAGCGCUUGCACAAGUUCUUCUCCGGGCUUACCAUGGGGGAUCGAACGCCGUCGCAGCUACUCCGGCGCAUGCGCACCCUUGCUGGAGGGACCAUCAACGAUGAUGCCAUCCGCGUGCGUUGGCUGGACCUGAUGCCGACUACCCUUUCCCGAAUGCUUCGGAUUAUGCGCAACACGACGCUGGACGACCUGGCCUUGACCGCUGAUGAGCUAGCCGAGACGAGUCUGGACAUAUGUGCCGUCCAACGGCUCGCUCCAACGCCGCCGGUGCCUACAGCGCCAGAGGCGGUGCGGUCUACGCCCGACAGCAUAACGGCCGAAUUAGCGGCUUUGCGAGCCACUGUGUCACAGCUUGUCAUCACAACUGGUCGCAUCCUGGACCGCCUCCCGGCCUCUGGUGGACGAGCGAGAUCCCGCACUCGUGCCCGCUCGACUGGCGCGAGAGCUACCGGAGGAGCUGCAACAUCGUCGGCCAACUCGUCGUGGUGCUAUUACCAUCGGCAGUACCAGGCAAAUGCUGAGCGCUGCCGACCGCCAUGCAGCUACCCAGCCAACCAGUCGACAAACUAG